AUGUUACAAUUCUCUCCGGUCUGCCCUACUAAACAUCCGUUCCAUCUGAAGACCUCCAUCUUUUUCUCUCUUUCCUCUCAAUUCUCUCUCUUUCACCUCUCUCUCUCUUUUGUUCCAUCAUUCUUUUUUUCUCUCUCUCUCUCUUUCAUUUUCUACAUCUCGUCCAGGUCUUUCUUUCACCUCUCCUGUUUCCUUCAUUUUUCUCUCUCUCUAUUUUCCUCUUUCACUCUUUUGUUCCAUCAUUCUUUUUCUCUCUCUCUCUCUUUCAUUUUCUACAUCUCGUCCAGGUCUUUCUUUCACCUCUCCUGUUUCCUUCAUUUUUCUCUCUCUCUAUUUUCCUCUUUCACUCUUUUGUUCCAUCAUUCUUUUUCUCUUUCUCUCUUUCAUUUUCUACAUCUCUUCCAGGUCUUUCUUUUCAACUCUCCUGUUUCCUUCAUUUUUCUCUCUCUCUAUUUUCCUCUUUCACUCUUUUGUUCCAUCAUUCUUUUUCUCUCUUUCUCUCUUUCAUUUUCUACAUCUCUUCCAGGUCUUUCUUUCAACUCUCCUGUUUCCUUCAUUUUUCUCUCUCUCUAUUUUCCUCUUUCACUCUUUUGUUCCAUCAUUCUUUUUCUCUCUCUCUCUCUUUCAUUUUCUACAUCUCUUCCAGGUCUUUCUUUCAACUCUCCUGUUUCCUUCAUUUUUCUCUCUCUAUUUUCCUCUUUCCUCUUUUGUUCCAUCAUUCUUUUUCUCUCUCUCUCUCUUUCAUUUUCUACAUCUCUUCCAGGUCUUUCUUUCAACUCUCCUGUUUCCUUCAUUUUUCUCUCUCUCUAUUUUCCUCUUUCACUCUUUUGUUCCAUCAUUCUUUUUCUCUCUCUCUCUCUUUCAUUUUCUACAUCUCUUCCAGGUCUUUCUUUCACCUCUCCUGUUUCCUUCAUUUUUCUCUCUCUCUAUUUUCCUCUUUCACUCUUUUGCUACAUCAUUCUCUCACUCUCUCUAAUUCUUUUCAUGUGUCUCUCCUAA